AUGAAAAAGCUUUACGUUUUUGGAUUUUUCGCGUGGGUCUACUUGGGCGUUGGAAGUUGUCCCUGGAGCUUGAUCGGUGACACGGCUUUUGCUGGUGAAUUGAGUGUGCUGAGUAGAACGGCGAUUUACACGAAUAUUGCGAGUUUUUUGGUCAUUUUGAUGACCACGAUCAAUGGAACUUGCACCAGCGCUGUCAAAACUGGGAUGAAGAGGUUUUAUUUCCCAAUAAUUUGCAUCUCCUCUCAAUUUGCAUGCGUCUCGAGCUCAGCCAUCCUCGUCGAGAUCCUCAAAUCGCCAGAAGCGUUUUCAAAGAAUUUAUGGGUCUUUGAAAUUUAUCGAAGCUCAAUAAAUUGGAUUGUGUCAAUGUCUGUUUGUCUUGGUAGCCUGGUGAAAAUAACGAUGGACAGCAUCGAGACUGAUUUGAUCAAAACUGAACGAUAUAGGGACGGAUCAAAAGUUUUUGAAGAAUAA